AUGACAAUGUAUGCCAUCAGGAGGAUAAGAGAUGCCUUCAGAGAAAACAAGAAUAUAAAGGAUUCUGAAAAAAUAGAAGAACUAGUGAAUAAAGCCAAAGCAAACCUUGAGGUUAUUCAUCGGCAGGUUACCAUUGGUCAGCUGUAUUCCACGCAGAAGUUGGUUAUUGAGAGUCCAGGAAACACAUAG